CGGGGAGGAGCGGAGGGCUGCCGUGGCGUCGCGGCCCGGGCCGAGCUGGGGGUUGGGGCUUGGAGGCCGAGGUACCCGCGGCGGUGGGCGAGUGUCCGUGUGGCCUGGUCCGGGCUAUGUCCGCGUGAGGACGCCGCUGACGCCCGCGUCCAGGCCCCGGCCCGGCUCGCCGCGCACCAUGGGCUCCAUUCUGAGCCGCCGCAUCGCGGGCGUGGAGGACAUCGACAUCCAGGCGAACUCGGCCUAUCGCUACCCGCCGAAGUCUGGAAACUACUUUGCCUCGCACUUUUUCAUGGGAGGUGAAAAAUUUGACACCCCCCACCCUGAAGGUUACCUCUUUGGAGAAAACAUGGAUCUGAAUUUCCUGGGCAAUCGCCCAGUCCAGUUUCCAUACGUCACCCCCGCCCCCCAUGAGCCAGUGAAGACACUCAGGAGCCUGGUAAACAUCCGGAAGGACUCCCUGCGGCUUGUGAGGUACAAAGAUGGUGCCGACAGUCCUUCAGAGGACAGUGAGAAACCCCGAGUCCUCUACAGCCUGGAGUUCACCUUUGACGCCGAUGCCCGGGUGGCCAUCACCAUCUACUGCCAGGCGGUGGAGGAAUUCCUGAACGGGAUGGCAGUGUACAGCCCCAAGAGCCCGGCCCUGCAGUCCGAGACCGCCCACUACAAGAGAGGGGUGAGCCAGCAGUUCUCCCUGCCCUCCUUCAAGAUCGACUUCUCUGAGUGGAAGGAUGAUGAGCUGAACUUCGACCUGGACCGGGGCGUGUUUCCAGUGGUCAUCCAGGCCGUGGUGGAUGAAGGAGACGUUGUGGAAGUGACUGGCCAUGCCCAUGUGCUCUUGGCCGCCUUUGAAAAGCAUGUCGACGGCAGCUUCUCUGUGAAACCUUUAAAGCAGAAGCAAAUUGUGGACCGGGUCAGCUACCUGCUGCAGGAGAUCUACGGCAUCGAGAACAAGAACAACCAGGAGACAAAGCCCUCGGACGAGGAGAACAGCGACAACAGCAACGAGUGUGUGGUGUGCCUGUCAGACCUGCGGGACACGCUCAUCCUGCCGUGCCGGCACCUGUGCCUGUGUAACUCGUGCGCUGACACGCUGCGUUACCAGGCCAGCAACUGCCCCAUCUGCCGGCUGCCCUUCCGGGCCCUUUUGCAGAUCCGGGCGGUGAGGAAGAAGCCGGGAGCCCUGUCCCCCGUCUCCUUCAGCCCUGUUCUGGCCCAGAGCAUGGACCACGAUGAGCAUUCAUGUCCCUUUAAAAAAUCAAAGGCGCACCCCGCCUCACUGGCCAGCAAGAAACCUAAAAGGGAAACAAGCUCUGACAGCAUCCCCCCUGGCUAUGAGCCCAUCUCCCUACUUGAGGCGCUCAAUGGCCUUCGGGCCAUCUCCCCGGCCAUCCCUUCAGCCCCCCUUUAUGAAGAGAUCACCUACUCAGGCGUCUCAGAUGGCCUGUCCCAGGCCAGUUGUCCACUUGCGGGGAUGGAUCGAAUCCUGGAAAGCAGCCACCAGAAGGGCAAGCCAAGGAGCAAAUCCCCUGACAGCACCCUGCGGUCUCCGUCGUCCCCUAUCCAUGAAGAGGAUGAGGAGAAGCUGUCCCAGGACUCAGACGCCCCUCCCCCGCUGAGUGGGGCAGGGUUGGCGCUCAGCAGCUCCCCCGAGAGCUUUGUCAUGGAGGAGGCGGACGAGGCAGCGGCCCUGAAGCAGGGGAGCCGAGUGCCAUCCUUCGAGAAUGUCCUACAGGACGGCAGCCCUGAGGCCUGCAGCCACGGCCAGCCCCGCCUGCCCGCCGAUGUCUACCUGCCAGCCCUGGGGCCUGACUCCUGCUCUGUUGGUAUAGAGGAGUAAGCUGGAUGGUCCACCUCCAUGGAGACGCCCCACAGCCUCCGUACCGCUGGCCCACCCCGGCCUGACCCUGGGGCCACUGAGCUGACCCCACUCUGAGAGCCUGGCCAGGCUGGCAGCAUGGAGCCCUUAGCUCCCCAGACUUUGCCGGGGGGCCACCAGAUUCUGCGUGACCCCUGGCCUCUCCCGUCUUGCACGCUCUGCGUGGCCGUUGGCUCUGAGGGGCCACACAACCCUUGAUUGAAGAGCACAGUGGACUGUCUCCUCUGACAAAUUCCUUUUUCUAUAGUCGAUGUAUUUGUCAAUGGUACAAGAUGAAGGACAGCAGCUUUCUGUUCUGGGCUCUGAGGUUUCCCCCAGACGUCCCAUUGGCUGAGUGGCUGGGACUGGGGCCUGACCACCCACAUGCAGCCUGGACCAGCUUCUCCCAGCACCCUAGCUACUGGGGACUUGACAUCCCAAGAACUCAGCACAAAUUCUCCGAAGAAAAGUGUAUUGGUGGGUGAAGCGGUGUCUUCACAGGAGAUGUCCUAAGGGUCUUGUUGGCCAAGGUGGAAAGGAAGUGGGGUCUGAGUCAUGGUCAAUGAAGGAAACAGUGCCUGUCCCCUACCCCCCUGUGCCUGUGUCCUUGGCAGCCUGGCUAUUGCUGUUUUGUGCCCUCUGCUGCUUCUUCCCCUUCCUGCUCCAGUCCUGGGGGGCAAGGCUGCCUCCUGUAGCUACCCCUACCCACUCAGGCCCACUCAGCCUUGGGGGCUGGGGGCUUGGGGCUGGGUCUGACUGAGGGGCCAAGACAGCAGGUAGUGACCGGUGGCCCCUCUUGGCCCUGCACACCUUUUCUGAAGUGGCUUUGCUCAUGUGGCAGGUGCCUGCCCGUGAGGGGCUUUCUGCUAGGUUCCUGGGGCUGCUGUCCACUUGCCCCAGGGAGGGAUGUGAGCGGCUUCCCUGCUCCCUCUUGACCACCGAAGCGUCCCUUGGUUUUUCUUUGACUUGUUCUCUCUGGGCUCCCUGUGGUGGACCGGCCUGGGGAAUGCACUUGGCAGAUCCUAUCUGAGGUGACCUUGCCUUUUUUUUUUUUUUUAAAGCAAAACUUUCUGGGUGACAAAGGCAAAGGGGGCAUCCAGCCCUGGUGUCCCAGGUGACAGCUGGUCCCCAGCAGGGACCUUCCAGGUGGUUGGGUCUGUGCAGGCCCCUGAGGUGGGAAGACUUUCCUGGUCUGGGAUGAGGGGUGCAGAGCGGCCCGCUUUCUGAGGAGCUGCCCUGGAAAGGAUGGUUCUGGGGCAGCCGGCAGUUGUCCAUGGAGCCCUGUGGCCCAGCCGGCCUGUGUGUGCAAAGCUCUGGCCCCCACCGCAGCACCCUCCCUGUGGCUCGUUCUGCAGGGUGCUCAGGAGAGAAACUAGCCGUAGGGGACUCAUCUCUCCAUUUGAGCCUAUGAGCAGAGUGCUGGCCUAGACACAGCUCUCAGACGUGCUCAGGCCGGCUUCCCCCAGCCUCCAGACUCCCCGGCUCCCCUGCCCUCCCCUGCUGCCCACUGUGUGCUCCUGCCCGCGCGUACCCCGAGAGGUGCAGACACACGCACACGCAGCCUGGCUGCCUCCCUCCCUCCCUCCCGCUCCUUCCUGCUCCUGACCCGCCAGCCCUGGCCUCUAACCGUUGGUCUUGGUGCCAGUACUCUGUCUGAAGGCCAGGAUGCAGACUGGCCUGUCUUGGACUUACUGUGCUAUCAUUUGAUGUACUCUGAUUGGCUAGUUUUGGUUCGUUUUUACUGUAUAUUUAUAGUAAUAAAAUCAUGCAGCAAUA